CGGCCGCCGCAAGCCGGAAGUGAGCGCGUAGAGGGAGAUUGGAUUUACUUUUUCCCCUCUGACAAGCGUGGAGUUUGUUUUGCUCGUGUCCUGGGGUGGCGGCGGCAAUUAUGAAGAAAAAGAAUUUCCUCAAGGUGGCUGCUGAGAAGCUAAUGGAAACCUGCCCGGGCCAGGCUCGGUAUCUUCUCUGGAUGUACAAUUCCUCACACGAUGAAAAGACAGUUUCAGAAGGCCAGUGUCCAUAUUGUUACCAGUUUCUGGUGCUGGAUAGAUACAGAGUUCGCCUCAAGCCCAAGCCAAAAUUAACACCAAAAGUAAAGAAACUUCUUACUCGAGAAUCAAAAAAUUGUAGACUCACUUUUAAAGAAACAAAGAUUCUUCAAAAGUACUGGGACUCCAAAAGUAUUCUGUUGGUUACCUGCAAAGCAUGCAACAAAACAGUGAAGUAUGAUGGUAAAAGCAGAAGCUUUCUGGCAGAAAUGAAAAAUAAUCUUAGCACUCCCAAGAUCCAGUCUGGCCUGAAGACACCAGAUAUAGCAACUUCAGGAUCUACAAAGAAAAAGAAGAAAUCCUUCAGCCAUAAACCUGGCUCCCAAAACAAUAGUCCGGCAUUAAUUUUCAGAACACCUACAUCUGGACAAUCAACACCUGGUUCAGCCUCAAAAAGUCUCAGUAAAAUGAAGCAUCAUUUGUCUCAGCUGAAAAUGAUGCUUAAUAGUGAAGAAAGCCAAAAGACCCCAUCAAAGGACUUCAGAAAUUUCUUGUCCUCCCUCUAAGCAGUGAACAUGGUAACACUGGAAACAGUUGUUGAAGGAGGGAGGCCUGCUUUGUCCUCACAGCAGCAAAUAAUUAUCUUUCACAUCCUUUUCAGUACUUAGUAACUAGUGUUUCUGCAGUGCCUGGCACAUAGUAAGAAUUUAAUAAAUGUUUAUUUAAAUUAAUAA